AUGACGUCUCAGGCACUUUUGAUGCUUGGUCUUGCAGCUGUCGGACAAGCUGCAAAGGGGUUCAAAAACAAUGACUCCGUAUGUCGGGGCAGUGAAACCGCACCGGAACAGUUGCACUUCAAUUACGCGGGUGACCGUGGGAUGACAGUUAGCUGGAAUACUGCAUCCAAGCUUCAGUCCCCUACAGUUCGAUACGGAAGAGGCUCUCAACUGAACCAAGUUGCGUACUCCGACGUCUCGGUCACUUAUCCUACAUCUACUACUUAUAGUAACCAUGUCUUUAUUGAUGGAUUGGAACCUGAUACUGAGUACACCUUUUCUGUUCUCUGUGCCGAGGAAAAUGAUCAGCAUCGCUUCAAGACUAGUCUUCCAGCUGGAAAUCCUCGUCCAUACACUUUCGCUUACAUUGCGGAUCUGGGCACCAUGGGCUCAUUGGGAUUGUCUGAUUAUGGACAGUCGGAUGCUCUCAGUCCAGGAGAGAUCACUACUAUGCAAUCCUUGAUGGAUUUCAAGGACGAAUUUGAGUUCAUGUGGCACAACGGUGAUCUGGCAUACGCCGAUGACUGGCUCAAGGAGGAGCAGGACGGAUUCUUGCCUAAUACCACGAUUGACGGCGGUGCUGCGGUGUAUGAGGCCAUCUUGAAUGGUUUCUAUAAUGAAAUGGCCGGAAAUGUGACCAUGGAGCGCCCAUACAUGGUUGGUCCAGGCAACCACGAGGCAAACUGUGAUGACGGUGGCUCUGGCGAUUACACAGAGAGCAUUUGUGUGCAAGGCCAGACCAACUUUACUGGCUUCCGAAACCACUUCCGUAUGCCCUCGGCACAGUCCGGUGGUCUUGAAAAUUUCUGGUACUCUUGGGACUAUGGCUUGGUCCACUAUAUUCAAAUCAACACUGAGACUGAUUUUCUUGGUGCUCCGGAUCUUCCUGGCGGCAGUGCUGACGAGAAUGCCGGUCCAUUUGCUCCAAAUGGUACCCAGGUUGAGUGGCUGAGGAAAGACCUUGCUUCAGUUGAUCGCAAAAAGACACCUUGGAUUAUCGUCGCUGGUCAUCGACCCUGGUAUGUUGACGAUGCCAAGUGUGAUACGUGCCAGGCCGCUUUUGAGCCUCUGUUUCUGGAAUACGGAGUCGAUGUCGCUCUUUUUGGCCACAAGCAUUUCUAUGAACGACUCUCAGCUAUUGCCAACGGCACCGCUGAUCCAAAGGGUCUGGAUAACCCCUCUGCUCCUUGGUACAUUGUUAAUGGUGCGGCUGGUCACUAUGAGGGCUUGUCAUCUUAUGAUACCCCUGUGGCGAACUAUACCGUCAAGGCAAUCGAUACUGUCUACGGAUGGAGUCGUUUCACUGUCCACAACUGCACUCAUAUCACUCAGGACUUUAUUGCGAGCGGCAAUGGUAGUGUGAUUGAUUCAGCUACUCUCUACAAGAAGCACGAUGGAUGCAAGUUCUGA